GGACACACUGCAGAGAGAGAGAGAGAGAGAGAGAGGGGUCAGUCGAAAUGGCGGAGGCGGCGAGCUCGAGCUCGGGCACGUGAGCUCACGUCGCGCGCCGUCGUCGCUCCCUCCCCGGCGAGGGCCGUCCGCGGCCGACGCCUCUUCCCGGAGACCGCCACCGUCUCCCCCCGCUCCCGCCGGCGGCUCCGGGGGCUUCACCCGCACCCGUUCUCGCCCUCUUCCGCUAGGGUUUUCUGACUUUUCUCCGGAUCCCGAAUCGCUUUAGAUUUCACAAAUGGCUUCAUCACAACAAGUUGAGCUUGAGGCUGCAAAGCUUCUUCAGAAACUUAUUCAAGAGUCAAAGGAUGAACCUGCGAAAUUAGCAACAAAACUUUACGUGAUAUGCCAACAUAUGAAACUAAGUGGAAAAGAGCAGUCACUGCCAUAUCAGGUCAUAUCAAGGGCCAUGGAGACUGUUGUAAGCCAACAUGGAAUUGAUAUGGAUGCAUUGCGAUCAUCAAGAAUUCCGUUAGCUGGUGGUCCACAAGCAGGAGAGUCCAGUGGUGCUAUGCCUAAGGAUAAGGAAAUCAUUGGCAGUCAGCCUCCCAUGGUUGGUACUGAUGCAUCCCAAAGUAGUGCGCACACUGGAUUAUGGAACUUCCCAUCAGGCUCAGCAGAUAUGACAAGGCACGGUGCAUCUAUUUCAGGCAGGGUUCCGACUGGGCCAAAUAGGAGCGAUGUUGCAGGUACCGAUAUUCAUCAAGGCUCUAUGUCACAAAAAAGUGUCAGAUCCUCUGGAAUGGAAAGCCCUGCUAGUCUGCAAAUAGAGGACACUAGAUCUAUGAAUUCACAUGAUUCUUUGAAGUCCGAUGAAAAAACAAGCAAGAAAUCAUCCUCUAAGAGAAAAAGAGUGGAUCCAAAAGCCUCAGGGGACUUGCAUUCUGAAGAAAACUCAAAAUCAGAUGCUAUGUCCACCGGACACAAUAUUAGGAAGGGAAAACAGCCUGGCAAAGCUGUUACACAAAGUCAGCCUUCCAGGACAGUUGAACAUGAUCAAUCACAUACAUUACAAGUUGGUAAUGCUCAGGUGCCACCGUUACCCAGUGGUGCAACUUUUUUUAGGGCUCACCAGGAAGGACCAUCAGCUUCUUCUGGGAGGACUAUAGACAAGAAUAAACCAUCAAGUCCAUUCACAAUGGCGCAAAUUUCAAAUUUUGCUGAAGGACUAUCUUCUGGCAACAUCCCUGCUGAGUUGCAGAAAAGUAUGUUGGGAGGGGCUAAUCUACUUAGUGCUAGUUUUGGCUGGAACCAGAACGCACAAGGUUCAGUUAUGAAGAAUAGUCAAGGGUCUGUUCCCAACCUAAUAAGGCCUGGUGUUAAUGUCGAAGGGAAAGUUAAUGUAGGAUCACAAGGAACUUUUAAUCCUAUGUCUGCAUCACAAAUGGAUUUCCCCACAGUUCCUCCUUAUAUAUCUUCUUCCUUUGGAGGUGGUUCAAGCAAUACUGGCAGUGAACUAAAUUCUUCUAAAGUUGGAGCUCAGAUGGGGAUCAUGCAUGGAAAUCCAAUGCAAGAAAGGCACGGUAUUGUCAGAGCACCUCAGAGAGCUGCUUCAUCUCAAAUGUCUCAAACCUCUCCCGGUGUGCCAUUCAAAGAGCAGCAGUUGAAGCAGCUCAGAGCGCAGUGCUUAGUAUUUCUUGCAUUUAGAAACAAUCUGCAGCCCAGGAAGGUGCAUCUUGAAAUUGCCUUGGGUGUAGCCCCCCCUGCAGAAGCAGGUGGCAAUGCGGUUCAGAGAGGUAGUGAGAGCAGAACGACUGAUGGUUCUGGAAAGGAGAAUGGAAAUAGCCAGGAAAACCCUGCUACUUUUGGUAGGCAAAGUGAUAUUUCUAGACUUCAAUCAACAUCUACAGGCAGUGCUGCGGAUGUUGAUUCCGCAUCGAAAGACCCAGAAAUUGUUAAAAAGAAGAUCAAGAUAGCUGAGCAUGAGAAAUCUUUGGAAGCAGAAAAUAUCCAGCUUGUACAGGGAACUGAUUCUGAAAUGCAUUCUCAAGAAACAAUAUCUCCCAUGCCAUCUGGGCAACCUCAGUACUUUCAAGGAGAUACAAGAAAAAAUACCCCUGAUAUCUACAAGGCUGAUGCAGAACAUUUGAAUAGGAACUUAGGCUGGGGAGGAGGCCAGGGAUCAUCUCCUUUGGGUGGCAACAGACAUCCAAGUAUGGAAACUGGCCUCUUGGCUAAAGGUGAAGUAUCCAAAGAAUCGUUUGCAUCCUUGAGGCCUCAUCAUAUGCCUACUGAUGGUAGCCACCACAAUUUAUCAGGAAAGGAUCAAACUCCUGAGACAGCUGGUAAUGAAUUUGAAAAUGGCAGCCACAUGGGAGAGAUGAUAUUUGAGCGAUCUGCAGAUGAAGGAGACGAGGGUCUCUCUGAGCAAGAUGAUUUACCAUCAUCUCCUCCAAAAUACACAAUGACUGAUAAAUGGAUCGUGGAUCAUCAGAAGAGAAGAUAUGAAGAAAACAAAAGGAAGGCACUAGACUUACAGAAGGCGCACAGGAGAAUCUCAGCAUCCUAUGAGAAGCUAAAGGAAAAUGUUAGUUCAUCAGAGGAUCUUUCUGCGAAAACAAAGAGUGUCAUUGAAUUGAAAAAGCUUCAGCUUCUCCAACUUCAACGUCGUGUGCGCAGUGAAUUUUUGCUGGACUUUUUCAAGCCUAAUACUGCUGAUUUGGACCGCAUAAAAUCAGUAAAGAAACACAGACAUGGACGUCGUGUUAAGCAGCUUGAAAAAAUCGAACAGAAAAUGAAGGAAGAAAGGCAAAAGAGAAUUCGUGAGAGACAGAAGGAGUUCUUUGCUGAUAUAGAGGCCCACAGAGAGAGACUGGAGGAUAGCUUCAAGGCUAAGAGAGAACGCUUGAAGGGUUUCAAUCGGUACGUAAAAGAGUUCCACAAAAGGAAAGAACGGAUUCAUAGGGAGAAGUUAGACAGGAUCCAGCGGGAGAAGAUCAACCUGCUUAAGAAUAAUGAUGUCGAAGGAUAUCUGAGGAUGGUUCAGGACGCAAAAUCUGAUCGUGUUAAGCAACUUCUGCGAGAGACUGAGAAAUAUCUACAGAAGCUUGGUGCCAAACUACAGGGUGCCAAAUCGAUGGAUGGCCGUGUAUUAUAUUCCGAUAGCACUGCAAAUGAUAUUGAGGACGAGAGCUACCAGCCGCAGCAUUAUCUGGAAAGCAAUGAAAAAUACUAUCAACUGGCCCAUAGUGUAAAGGAGGUUGUAAAUGACCAACCUACUUAUCUUCAGGGUGGGAAAUUGCGGGAGUACCAGAUGAAUGGCUUGCGUUGGUUGGUUUCUUUGUACAACAAUAAUUUAAAUGGAAUUUUAGCUGAUGAGAUGGGUCUUGGCAAAACAGUACAAGUAAUCUCUUUGUUAUGCUACCUCAUGGAAACAAAAAAUGACCGGGGGCCAUUUCUUGUGGUAGUACCAUCUUCUGUUCUUCCUGGAUGGGAAUCUGAGCUCAACUUCUGGGCACCUAGUAUAAAUAAAAUUGCUUACGCUGGUCCUCCAGAAGAAAGGCGAAAACUAUUCAAAGAGAUGAUUGUCCAUCAGAAAUUCAAUGUUCUUUUGACAACAUAUGAGUACUUGAUGAACAAACAUGAUAGGCCAAAACUAAGCAAAAUACAGUGGCAUUACAUAAUUAUUGAUGAAGGACACCGCAUAAAGAAUGCAUCUUGUAAGCUUAAUGCUGAUUUAAAGCAUUAUCGGAGUUCUCACAGGCUAUUGUUGACAGGAACGCCUCUGCAGAACAAUCUUGAGGAGCUAUGGGCACUUUUGAAUUUUCUGUUGCCUAAUAUAUUUAACUCAUCAGAAGACUUCUCUCAGUGGUUUAACAAACCAUUUGAAAGUAAUGGCGAUAGCUCAACCGAGGAGGCCUUACUUUCGGAGGAGGAAAACUUGCUGAUCAUAAAUCGUCUUCACCAAGUUCUUCGGCCUUUUGUACUUCGAAGACUUAAGCAUAAGGUUGAAAAUGAAUUGCCAGAGAAGAUUGAAAGACUUGUAAGAUGCUGGCCAUCUGCUUAUCAGAAACUUCUAAUAAAAAGGGUGGAGGAAAACCUUGGUGGAAUUGGAGCAGUUAAGGUCCGCUCCGUGCACAAUACUGUGAUGGAAUUGAGGAAUAUAUGCAAUCAUCCGUACCUUAGCCAGCUUCAUGUUGAAGAGCUUGAGGGUUAUUUACCUAGACAUUAUCUUCCAUCAAUUGUGAGGCUCUGUGGAAAACUUGAGAUGUUGGAUAGAUUGCUGCCGAAACUCAAGGCCACAGGUCAUAGAGUUCUGCUUUUCUCUACAAUGACAAGAUUGCUUGAUGUAAUGGAGGAUUAUCUUGUAUGGAAGAAGUAUAAAUAUCUCCGAUUGGAUGGUCACACUUCUGGCCAGGAGAGAGGAGCUCUUAUCGAUAAAUUUAAUAAUCCUAAUUCUCAAGCUUUCAUUUUUCUGCUUAGUAUCCGAGCAGGAGGCGUUGGUGUUAAUCUCCAAGCAGCUGAUACUGUCAUCAUAUUUGAUACUGAUUGGAAUCCUCAGGUUGAUCUGCAAGCACAGGCUAGAGCUCACAGAAUUGGUCAAAAGAAGGAGGUUCUUGUUUUACGUUUAGAAACAGUCCAAACGGUAGAGGAGCAAGUCAGGGCUUCCGCAGAGCAUAAGUUAGGUGUUGCUAAUCAGAGCAUUACUGCUGGAUUUUUUGACAACAACACAAGUGCUGAAGAUCGGAGAGAGUAUCUUGAAUCACUGCUACGUGGGGGUAAGAAGGAGGAAGCAGCUCCAGUGUUAGAUGAUGAUGCUCUCAACGAUCUUCUUGCCCGGAGUGAAGAUGAGAUUGAUGUAUUUGAAUCUAUUGACAAGCAAAGGAGAGAAGAAGAAAUGGCUACUUGGCUAACGGUUGUUCAGGAUAGUUCAACUAGUGGGCUCGAUCCCUCAGUAAUGCCUUCUCGUCUUGUGACUGAUGAUGAUCUGAAGUCCUUCUAUCAUGCUAUGAAGAUUUAUGAGUCAUCAAAUAUAAAAAGUCCGAAGGUAAAUGUAAGGAGGAAGGGUGAGCUUGGGGGCCUUGACACACAACAUUAUGGAAGGGGGAAACGUGCUCGCGAGGUUCGCUCUUAUGAGGACCAAUGGACUGAAGAAGAAUUUGAAAAGCUUUGUCAGGUUGAUUCCCCUGAAUCACCUCAACCUGGUGUUAUAUCAAGGAAUUUAGAUGUCUCUAAAGUGGUUAAGUUGGAAGUACCUCCAGAGUGUUCAAAAGAACCCGUACAAGCCAAACAGGAGCCAGCUUCUGCUGCUGCUGCUGCUGGAGACUCCCCCCCUGCUAAACGGAGACGAGGUAGACCCAGAAGGUCAGAUGCUUCCUUAUCUCCUGUUACAGCCCCACCAAAUAUCGGCAAACAAGAGGCAGGAACUACAGUUGAUGGCAGUUCUUCUGCACCAAUUACUACCAUUCAUUCGAUUUCUCCAGAUGUUACCAUUGAUUCUACUGCACUGUCUGCUGCCAGCAAACCAGAGGUUGGUACUGAGAUUAAGGGUACUGUCGAUAUUGCUACUCCACCAGAUGGUACCAUCAAAUCAGUGAUUACUACUGACAAUAAGGGUACUGCAUCAACUGCUGUUUUGGAAGGGUCUAUUGCAAAGGAAGUUGUUAUGCCAGCACAGAGUAUUCAUGAACCUGUAUCCAGUGCAGCACCUCAUCCACCAACCCCUAUUACAUCUAGAGGCAGGAAGGCCCAAACAGGAGAAACACCUCGCAGGCGAGGUCGAAAACCAAAGGCUCUCGCUUCUGGUAGUGCAGGAGAUGUUAUUCUAAGUCCAGUGGUUGCAGUUGGUAGUGGAGAAGCAUAUGCCAGUUCUGUGGUUUCAUCAUAUCCUCAAGGAAAUAUGUCCUCAUCCCAUGCAAAUGCUACAGCAGGUUUGCAGAAUGAUAUGAUCAUAGUUAAACCCACUGCAUUAUUGCCAGAGGAAGUUAAAGGCACUCCAACCCCUUCUGGAGGAGAUAAAGAUGAAACGGUUAAAACACCCCUGGCUGAAGACAUAUAUGCUGGAACAGUAACUACCUCAGGCAGUGGCAGCUCACAUCUGCCAAAGAUAGCUCAUAUUGAAAAUGCUGGAUUUGUUCAAGGAAGCAUUGAUCAAAAUGUGUCUGCAUCUACACCUAUCAUACCCAUGGUUUCAGAAGGGUUAUUGAAAGUUUCAGAGGUUCUGAUUGCAGAUAAACCUGCUGAGAAGCAAGGUGCUUCUCGUCGCCGCAGAAAGAGAACAUCAGGUAGUGAGGACACUGGAGUGAGCACUAGGCAAAGAUCAGCUAGCAAGAGAUUGUAUGGUACUCCUGAGACAGCUGAUAAUGCAGGUGUUAGCAUGAGCACAGGGGAGAAAAUAGGGGCAGUGAAGGAAAUAGAUGGUACUUCACUUCAAGAUGCUUCUAAGGGAUUACCAAAUAUUAUCUCUCCACCAUAUGAGAAAUCUGGACAUGACUCUCAACCAAGUACGCCGAUAGCUGUUCCCAUUAAUGAAGCUACACUUCCUAGUGAAUUCAGCGAAGCCCGUGCUGCUCAUUCGGACAUACCUACUGCCAAAGAAUCUACCAAUUCUGUUGGCCAUGAUAAAGUAGUAGGUGCACACAUGCAAGCACCUCCAUCUGUUUCAUUCCAGGCUCAGGUGCAGUAUGAGACACAGAAGGAUUAUGUGGGAGCACAUUCUGGAGUCAGAACUACUCAUACGGAAACAAUUACUACCCAAUCAUCAGUGAAUCCUGUUAUUGAUAAUAAACUAGCAAACGUCCAGUUUGAAGCACAUGCUUCACUUCUUACUUCAAGCAGGGAUAUCACCACAGUGCCAUCCGAGGUCCAUAGUGCUGCUCCGAGCAAGGCACCAGGUAGGAGGAAAGGUUCAGCUCGGGAGCCCUGCACCAGAAGUACUUUUGCAACAGUUGCACCUGAGCGCCGUGGUCGACUUGCUGGACCGAAGCAACCAGAUGAUACAGAAAAGGUAGAGAUAUCAGGAAACCUGAGCUCUGCCGUUUGCGCUUUACCUACACAGCAACAGGAAGACACCACAUUGAAAGCUGCUACUGCUGUUGGUGAAGAACAGAACAAUGCUGACAAUCGUGUGUGCGAAGUGUCAAGCUCUGUAGUCUGUGCUUUACCUACACAACAACAGGAAGACACCACAUUGAAAGCUGCUCAUGCUACUGCUUCUGUUGGUGAAGAACAGAACAAUGCUGACAAUCGUGUGUGCGAAGUGUCAAGCUCUGUAGUCUGUGCUUUACCUACACAACAACAGGAAGACACCACAUUGAAAGCUGCUCAUGCUACUGCUUCUGUUGCUGAAGAACAGAACAAUGCUGACAAUCGUGUGUGCAAAGUGUCAGUUCCAGCAGGCAUAUUGGAGGCAAGGUCAGAACUGCCAAACCAAACUGCCAGCCAAGCAGGUGCUGCAUGUACCGAGGAAAAAGGUGCUGACUUGAGCACUCGGAUUCCAGCAUUGGAUGAAGCAUCUGGAGAAAGAGAGCUUCCUGGAGGUUUUCAGGUUCAUAAUUCAGAGCAGGAACCACAGAUGGUUUCGGCAGCAAAACCAGAAUCUGCAAAUGAUGAGGAACGUAAGGUGCAUGAAGUACAUCAAAUAGUUGCUGAUCACAAUGUACUUCCAUCUAGCGCACAGGAUGGGCUGCAGGAUAACAUUGGUAGUGGUGUGGACGUGUACCUGGACUCUUGUGAUAAAAUUACUAGUUAUGAAGCAGAACAAGAUGAUUCUACCAUGGUUAUUGCAGCAGAUGACCAAACCCCUUGCAAUGUCUCAGAUAAGGAUACUCUAGCCUCAACAGAAGAUGAUGGAAAUGGUCUGCAAAGUGAAUGUGUUCCUGUUGAUUUGAUUGGUGCUAAGCAAGAUAAUACAAUGCAAGAGUCAAAUCAACCAAAAGAACAAGGGGAGUGCUUAGAGAUUAUUGGGUCUAAAUUUGCAUUGGAGACGAAACUGGAAAAAACAGAAGAAGCUGUGGAUAAGAGUGGUGGUGACAAUCUACCAUGUAUUGAGAAAAUUGAUGAUUCUCACAUUGAAAGGUCGUCUCCUUCACCAGACAAAAAUGAGAAUAGUCCUGCCCAAGUAGCUGAUGGGGGUCAAGCGGGAACUGAAACAACUAUGGUGGAAGCCGUUUCUGCUAUGAGUUCUGAUGGCUCACAGGAUGCUCACAAUGCCACCCAUGACUUGUCAACCAAUGAUACUGUUUAUUGUGAAGAACAAAAGGAUCCUGAGAUUCAUUUAUCUGGUGAAGUGUCAAUCUCAGGAGGACUCUUGGAGCUCAAGUUAGAGUCGCUAAACCAAUCGGAAUCUGCUUGCCAAUCUUGUGAAGUAACUGUGCAAGAUAUAAAUGCCACCUUGAACAAUCAGAUUUCUGCAUUGACUGAAUCAGAAGAAAAAAGAUCGUCUGGGCAUGUGCUUGAUACUGAACACAUCAGGCACGAAGUACUUCGUGAUACUGUUGAUGACACUUCAUCUCCAUCCAGUGGGGAGCAGGACAAGCUGCAAGUUCAUAUUGAUACUAACACUGAUGUAGACAUGCCUUGUUCUCAAAGAAGUGCAGAUUCUGAGGGUGAAAAGGAAAAGGAUCAUCCUACUGAUAUUGUUUUAGUAGGUUGUGAAGGCCCUUGUGAUGUCUCAGGUAAGGAUAAGCUAUCCCCUUGUGACACCUCAGGUAAGGAUACAGCUGCCCCUACAGAAGGUGAACUCAAUUGUCUGCAAAGUGAAGAUACCGUCAUUCAUGUGGCUGGUGCUAAGCAUGAGACUCUGCAAGUCGAAGCUAUUAGGAAUGAUAUAUCUAUGGGCUCUUCACAUGCCUUACCUGCUAUGAUACAAUCAACUGACUCAAAUCUUCUUGAAGAAGAAGGGGAGAGCUUAGAAAUUACUGACUCUAAAUUUCCAUGUGCGAUGGAACAGGAGAAAAUGGAAGAAAGCUUGGAUAAGAGUGUCACUGACGAUCAAACCUGCAGUCAGAUAAAUGAUGAUUCGAACAAUAUGGAUUCACAAAAAGUGGAUAGUUCUUUCCAGGCAGCUGAUGGUGGUGAUUUUUCGGUAAGUAAAGGAACCAAUGCUGAAACUGCCACUGCUAUAAAUACCGAUGUGUCGGAUGAAGGUAUCAAUGUGCCAUCCACUCAUUCUGUUAAAGAGGCUAGCACAGUAGAAACCACCACUGCUAUAAAUACUGAUGUGUCAGAUGAAGCUAUCAAUGUGCCAUCCACUCAUUCUGUUAAAGAGGCUAGUACAGUAGAAAUUGGUGCAUCUACUAAUGACAUUGCUCCUGCAUGCGAAUUAAGCAAGGAUUUUGAGAGUCAUGUAUCUGGUGAGGUGUCAAAACCAGAACCCAGGUUAGAAGAGCUGAACCAAUCAAAAUCUGUUUCCCAGUCUGUUGCAGCAAAUGCUGAAGAAACAAGUACCCAAUUGAACAUUGAAACUCCUGUACUGCAUGAAUCAGAAAGUAAAUCACCUGAAUGUGAUGCGCGUGGUAAUGAAAAUCAAAAAUUAGUGCAGACUUCAGCUGCAGAAACAUCCAUAGAAGGUCAUCAAGAAGAUACUUGUGAAGUAGUUCAUACGAUUGAUUGUUCUAUAGUUUCACCAUUUGGGGAUCAGGAGAUUCAGGACAUACCACGUGAGAGAAUUGAUAGUGACACAGAUUUUGGCAUAUCCGCCUGUAAAAGAAGUGCAGCUUUUGACUGUGACAAGGACCUCCCUGCUGAAAUUAAUUUAACAGGCAGCCAAGCAACUUGCGAUGUCCCUGAUAAGGCCACUCCUGUGCCCACAAUAGAUGAUUGCAAUCAAGAAACCGAAGAUACUGUAAUGGAUGUGAUUGAUGCUGAGGAAGGCACUAUGGAAGUUGAAGCUAUGCAGCUUGAUGAUAUAUCCAAAAGCUCUUCUAGUAAUUCUCAAGCUGCUUUACAAUCAAGUCACUCAAAUCAGCAUGUGAAUGGUGACUCUAAAUUUGAACCAUCAAAGAAACAGGACAAAACUGAUGAAACUUCCAACGAGAGUAGAGGUGACAAUCCAACCCAUAUUUGUACUAAUGAUGAUUCCCAUGACAAGAAUUUAGUAGGAUAUUCUCCUUCAGAAGACUUAAAUGAGGGCAAUCCUGCCCACUUAGCUGAUGGUGGCAAUUUAGUGGGAGGCAAUGAUACUACUACUGCAUGUGCCGACGGCUUAAAUGAGCUUACCUCUGGCAGUUAUGUUGCCUUAUCUUCUAGCCUUGUGGUGCAAGAUAUAACAUCCAUCUCGAAAAUGGAGUCUGUGCAAGCUGGUGGUGAGGAAAUCCAUCAUGACUGCCCUGAUGAAAACCAUUCUGCUGCAAUGAUACCAGUGGUUGGUACUGACAUUAUGGAAAAUGUUUCUGCUGCUUCUACACGAACUAUCACCAUCCAACCAGAUACUGAAACUGAAGCUGCCACAUCUUUGACUGUUUUGGAAGGGUCUAUAGCAGAGAAAGUUGGUACACAAGUACAGAGUGGUCAUGAUCUGAUGACUAGUAUAGCUCCAUCACCAGCUCCUUUACCUGGUGACAUUCAUGCAUGCACUGAUGUAUCAUAUCCUGUGGGGGUAUCAGAGUCAACGCUAGAGUCACCAAACCACACUACUGGCCACUUAGACGAAGCUUGUACAGAGGCACAAAAUGCUUCCUUGAGCACUCAAGUCCCUGUUUUGCCUGAAUUGGAGCAAAGAAAAUUUUCUGGAAGUGAUACAGAUGGGAAGAUCAUUAUUGCAGAGCUAGCAUCUGCCAGUGAACAUGAUAAGGUGCAUGAAGUAGACAAUGAAACUGGCAAUGAUAAUAUACUUCCAUCUAGUGUGACAGAAGAUGCACUGCAGGGUGAAAUUGGUGGCUGUGCUGACAUGGACGGUCAUAUAAUUACUGAGAGUUCUGAAGCAGAAAACAAUGAUUCUACUGUGGCUACUAUAGCUAACAAACCAAUAGCUUUUGACACCUCAGAUAAGGAUACUCCGCCCGCAGAAGAUGGCAAUGUUCUGCAACAUGAAAGUACAGCCGUGGAUGUGACUGGUUCUAAUGAAAAUAAUUUGGAAGCUGAAGAGAGGCAGAUUGAUGAUAUUUCUAGAAUCUCUUCUAGUCAUUUGGCUGCUGCUUUACAAUCAACUGAGUCAAACCACCCUACAGAACAUGCUGCCCCUGUAGAAGAUGAUGGUAAUGGUCUGCAAAGUGAAGCUACUGCUGUUGAUGUAGCUGAUUCUAAGGAAGAUAUUAUGGAAGUUGAAGAUAAGCAGAUUGCUGAUAUUUCUGGAAGCUCUUCUAGUUAUUUGCCUGCUGCUUUACAUUUGACUGAGUCAAAUCUGCCUGCAGAACAUGCUGCCCCCACUGAAGAUGGUGGCAAGGGUCUACAAAGUGAAGAUACUGCUGUUGAUGUAUCUGAUUCUAAGGAAGAUAAUAUGGAAGUGGAAGAUAAGUUGAUUGAUGAUAUCCAUAUAGGCUCAUCUAGCUUUCUGCCUGGCACUGCAGAAUCAGCUGAAUUAAAUCAACCUGUAGAACGAAGUGAAGGUGCUGCUGUUGAUGUGGCUGGUUCUAAGGGAGAUGAUAUGGAAGUUAAAGGGGAAAAGAUUUAUGAUAUCUCUAGAGGCUCAUGUAACUUUCUGCCUGGCGCUCUAGUAUCAGCUGAGUUAAAUCAACCUGCAGGACAUGCUGCUCCCACUGAAGAUGAUGGCAAUGAUCUGCAAAGUGAGGGUACUGCUGUUGAUGUGGUUGGUUCCAAGGAAGACAAUAUGGAAAUCAAAGAGAAGAUGGAUGAUAUCUCUAGAAGCCCAUCUAGUCAUUUGCCUGGUAACUCACAGUCAGCUGAGUCAAAUCAGCCUGCAGUGCAAGAGAAUUCAGAGAAUAGUGGUGCUGUGGAUGCUGCUGUCCCUUCCUCCCACACCACAUUAAGUAGCUCCAAAUUUGCAUGUGUGCAAGAACUGGAAAAGGUGGAUGAAACCUUGCGAAAGAGUGGUGAUGACAAUUCAACCUGUUUACAGACAAAUGAUGAUGCUCAGAAUAAGGCUUCAGGAAAUUAUUGUACUUUAGAAGACAAAAAAGAAAACAGUUCUGCCCAAGUAGCCAAUCAUGGUGAUUUAUUGCUAAGUAAAGGAACUAGUGUUGAUGACCUUGAUGGCUGUGAGGAAGGUCACAGUGGCUUGUCCACCCAUUCCAAUGAAGUGGCCAGCCUGGUAGAAAUUGACAAGCGUACUAAUGAUACUACUAGUGGCAGUGAAUUGCACGUGGAUCCUGAAAGUCAUGUAUCCCAUGAAGUUACUACUGGCAGUGACUUGCACGUGGAUCCUGAAAGUCAUGUAUCCCAUGAAGUGUCAAUGCCAGUUGUACCAUCAGAGCUCACAGUAGAAUUACCAAACCAAUCGGAACCUGCUUGUCAGUUUGGGACAGUAAUCGUUGAGGAAUCAAAUGCCAUCUUGAGCGUUCAGAUUCCUGCAUUAGCUGAAUCAGAAGAUACCACAUCACCUGGAGGUGUCAUGCACGGUACAGAAGUUCAUGUUUCAGAACAAGUGAAUAUAGGUCCUGCUGCAGAGCCAACAUCUACAAAAGAUCAUGAUAUGCAUGAAGUUGAUAAAGAGACUGUCCAUUGUACAAUAUCUCCCCCUAUAGGGGAUCAGGACAAUCUGCAAGACAACGUUGAUGGCAAGACAGAUGUUCUGUCAGCUCACCAGCCACAUUCAGAUUUUGUGAGUGGAAAUGACCAUUCUACUGAGACUGAUUUAGCAGGCAGUCAGACACCUUAUGAUACCUCAGAUAAGGAAGAUACUACUGCUGAUUUGGUUGGUGCCAAGCAAACCGCUAUAGAGGUCGAAGAAAUGCAGAUUGAUGGUAUUCCUGAAUGCCCUUCUAGCAACUUGCCUGCUGUUUUACAGUCAACUGACUCAAAUCAGCCAACAGAAGAGGAGAGAUUAGAAGAUAGUGACUCUAAAUUUGCAUCAACCAAUGAACAGGGCACUUCCGACAUGAGUGGUGGUGAUAAUGCAAAGUGUAGUCUUACCAAUGACGAUUCUCGAACUAUGAAUUUAGUAGGAUAUUCUCCAUCAGAAGACUCAAAUGACGAUGAUUCUGCCCAAGUUGGUGAUGGUGAUGAUGGUGAUGGUGUACUGGGAAAUAAAGAAGGCACUGAUGACGUUAUCUCUGCUGCAUGCACCAACGAUGUAUCAGCGUUGAAGACUGAAUCAAUGGAUCCUCAUGGUUCUGUCGAAGUUAAUCAUGACUACCCUGAUGACACCAUUCAAUCUGCUGCAACGGCUGCUGCCGUCAAACAAGAGAGUGGUACUGAAGAGUGCGCCGCUUCUGUUCCUGCUUCGGAAAGCUGUAUAUCAAAGGAAACUGUUACACCGCCAGAUUGCGGUGAUGAUCAAGUAGCUAUGAAAGCACCUCAUCCGCCGACGCCAUUAUCUGAUGGUACGGAUGUAUCUGCUGAUGUGCAAAUCCAAGCAGGGGUAUCAGAGGCAAAGCUAGAGCAGCCGAACGAAAUGACUAGUCCAGCAUCAGGUGCUGCUGCCGAAGAAAACAAUCCUACUGUGAGCACUCAGAUUCCUACUGAGACUGAAUCAGAAGAUAGAACACCUGCCGGAAGUACGAUUCAAGGUACUGAGGUUGACAGCGCUGAGCAAGAAACAAAGGUUGCCUCGGACCAACCAGCACCUGCAAGUGAUAGUGUACUUCCGUCUACUGAGCCACAGGAUACAGUUGCUGAUGAUAGUGUACUUCCGUCUACUGAGCGAAAGGAUACAGUGGACGAUAAAAUUGAUAGCAGUGCUGAUGAUAGUGUACUUCAGUCUACUGAGCCACAGGUUACAGUGGACGAUAAAAUUGAUAGCAGUGCUGAUGAUAGUGUACUUCAGUCUACCGAGCCACAGGUUACAGUGGACGAUAAAAUUGAUAGCAGUGGUGAUGUUAGUGUACUUCAGGCUACUGAGCAACAGGUUCCAGUGGACGAUAAAAUUGAUAGCAGUGGUGAUGUUAGUGAGAAGUAGAUUGUGGCAGUUAUGUAAAUGAUCAUACUCGGACCGAGGUGUAAAUGUUUCUGCUGAACUGACAGCAGUCCCACUACUAUAAUUCCUUUAGUUAAUGUUAUCCCAUUUUAUGCAAUUAUGCUAA